UAAUGAUGCUGCAGCUGAUACUCUCCAUAAUGCAUUAUAUAACAACUACGAUUCAGUUCUCAUAAGUGAUGGUAUUAUUGAGAAUAAGUGCAAAUUAAAUAAAAAAAAUAAUCAUUAUUGUUCAUUUGAACCUCAAAAUAACAAUACAAAUAAAGAUGAAAAGUUUCAACUAUUAGUAUCGUUAGGACAUCAACUUUGUCGACUAUCUGCUGACUUUCUGAAGUUCAAAUCAAACAUGAAUUACUUAAAACUUGAAUUGACUUCAUUCAUUGAAAAUAAAGAGGCUUCAACACUUAAAAAUAAUACAUUCAAUCAAGAAAAAGCUGAUGAUAUAUUAUCCACAUUCCCAAUUAAUGACGAAGAAAAGCUUUUGGCCUUAGAAUCAAAGCUUACAACUUAUGACCCUGGAUAUAAUGAUAAAUUGGUGUCAGCAUUUAUGUUUGCUUCUGAAGGUAAAUCAAUUUCUAAAGUAACCAAUAGCUUACUGAGAACAAUAUUCACUGAUACAUUUGCGUCUGACUAUAGCUGGAAAGGGCAAAAAGAAAAAAAGAAAUUAGAAAAUUAUAAAAUUUUCAAAGUUAUUAUAAACUGUGUUGGUAAAAAGUUUCCUAAUUCUGAAAAUUAUAAGAUGGAUGUCAUUGCAAGUGUAAUGAAUUGGUUUGCACAAGCACCUACCAGAAUUCUUAGAGACGAAAAAGGAAUAAAAAAUCUGAAGAAAAGAAUAUGCCAGCAGGACAAUCAUCGUCAUUUGAAGAUGAUGAUAAUACAUUAUAAUUCAUAUAACAUAAUAUUUUAUUAUAUUACAAUUAUUUUAUUUCCUGGGAAAUCUAAUUAAUAUAUGAAUAUUCUUACACGUAUAA